CCCCAUUCCUUGACUCCCACCCCUCCCUCAGCUUCCCUCCCCAGGUCCCUUCUUCUGUCUGAUCUUCUAUACUAUUUAUUAAUACUAUCCUCUUCAUCGCCCAAACAAACUCUAUAAUUAUAUAUAUAUAUAUAUAUAUAUUAUCUCUUCCAAUUAACAUUUCUGUUUAUUGUUAUUCUUAUCAAACACAUACAUAUAUAUAUAAAUGUGCAGCUCUGAGGCCAAGGUGACCGUGGGAGUUUCCGUCACUCCCGCGGUGGCCAGGAUAAAUGGUCGACCGGUCUUGCAGCCCACUUGUAACCGAGUUCCGAGCCUAGAUAGGAGGAACACCAUUAAGAAGAAAGCUCCUCAGGCCAUUACUCCACCACCACCGCAACCUCUUCCACAAUUGACUACACCUCCAAUCUCUCCAAAGUCAAAGUCCCCAAGGCCACCCGCUAUAAAGAGAGGGAAUGACCCCAAUGCCUUGAAUUCAAGUUCUGAGAAGGUUGUGACCCCAGGAGGCGCCACUAGUAGAGCUAAGUUGCUGGAAAGGAAGAAGUCCAAAAGCUUUAAGGGUAUUAUCAGUGUUGGUGAUCAUCAUGGUGAUGGUGGUGAUAUCAAUGGAGGUUUUGGUCGUUGUGGAAUUUCUUCUUCUUCUUCUUCUUCUAUUGAGGCGUCAUUGAGUUAUUCGUCUUCUUUGAUCACUGAGGCACCUGGAAGCAUUGCUGCUGUGAGAAGGGAGCAGAUGGCACUUCAACAUGCCCAAAGAAAGAUGAGAAUUGCUCAUUAUGGAAGAUCAAAGUCUGCUAAGUUUGAAAAGGUUGUUCCACUUGAUUCUUCCACUAGUACAUUUUCUAACAAGACAGCCGAGGAAGAGAAAAGGUGCAGUUUCAUCACUCCCAAUUCAGAUCCCAUCUAUGUUGCUUAUCAUGAUGAAGAAUGGGGAGUUCCUGUCCAUGAUGACAAGAUGUUGUUUGAACUGCUUGUUCUAAGUGGAGCUCAAGUUGGCUGUGAGUGGACUUCCAUCCUCAAGAAACGUCAAGAAUUCAGGGAUGCAUUUUCAGGGUUUGAUGCAGAAACUGUAUCCAACUUCACUGACAAACAGAUGAUGUCAAUUAGUUCACGAUAUGGCAUUGACAUUAGCCGGAUUCGAGGAAUUGUUGACAACUCUAUCAGAAUUCUGGAGGUGAAGGGGGAAUUUGGGUCAUUUGAGAAAUACAUAUGGGGUUUUGUGAAUCACAAGGCAAUCUCCACCCACUACAAAACAGGGCAGAGAAUCCCCGUGAAGACCUCAAAGUCAGAAAGCAUAAGCAAAGACAUGGUCCGGAGGGGGUUUAGGUUCGUUGGUCCAACCGUGGUCCAUUCAUUCAUGCAAGCCGCAGGACUCACCAAUGACCACUUGGUCACCUGCCGCAGGCACCUCCAAUGCACCUUGUUAGCAGCUCGCCGUCCCAUUUCUUCUACUGCAGAGCCAGAACCGACCCUAUAGCCGUACAAACACACACACAUAUAUCUAUAUAUAUAUAUAUAUAUUUAUAUAUAAUAUCAAUUUGACGUCUCCAAAUUAUGAGAAAAGAAGAACAUGUAUAACCAAUCCCCAAAUCCCAUGAUAAUAUUGAAUUAAAAGCUAACGUGAUUGGUUUGUGUAUAAUAUAGAUAGAUAGAAGGAAAAAGGUUGUGACUUGGUGAGAUUUUUAAUGAUUAGUGAGUGUGUGAGAUUUGGUUAUUAGAGAGAAGAAUAUGAACCAAAAAAAAAAAAAAGGUAAAGAAAGGGUUGUAGGGGAGACAGAGAGCAUGUGCAAAUGGGAGGCAGAGGCAUGUGUGGCUGUCAGUUUGCUUUAUCAUUUCCAUUUCCAUGUGAUUCCUCCCAAACUCAUUUUGCAUUAUUUUAUUUCCUUUUAACGGCUUGUGUGUGUGUGUGUGUGUGUGUGUCUGUGUGAGCAGAAAGAGAGAUAGGACCAUAUAUGCCAUAUCCUUAUUCUCUUUUCUAUUUGGCUUUUGCUUAUUGAGUUUGGUGUUAAUGUAAUCUUCUAACCCCCUUUGUGGCAUUGGGGUGGGAAUAUUUAUAUGUAGCCCCAGUUGAUGAUGUAUCUUGGAUUUACAUGGAUUUUUCUUUUUUGAGUGCUUGUUUUUAAUUAUAUUA